ACGUAAGUGGUGUUUACUACAUACGUAGGACGCACAACAAACGUGCUAUCAGUUUUUGUAACUGUCUGAAUUUUUUAUGGGUUUAGAAAUGUUUUUUCAGAGCUAUAAUCGGUUAUCUUGCUUUAAGAGGGGAAUGAAAGCUGAUAACUGAACAAAGAUCUAGACACUUUUUCUAUUUUACCAUGUGGUGGAGACGGACCCUUAGCUCGAGCUACCGAUGCUAUUUGGGACGCAGGCGCAGUGGGGCAAAGAUUUGGCGCUGCCUUACCAGAGCCACAUGCAGCGCUCCGGCCCUUCCUGCAGGCCGGAUCACGGCACUCCAGGCUCUGGAUGUCUGGAAGAGGCACUUUGUGGAGAACGGUGUGACGGAGCCUGAACAGUCAAGCCAGUACAUCAUCGCUCAUCUGCUUGGAGCGAAAACAAUAGAAAGUGUCGAGCAGCAGAGGUUAGCAGCGUUGCUCAGCAAAGAGGAAACGCAGCAGGUGUGGCGGCUCUGCUCCAAACGUCUCUCCAGGAUGCCGGUGCAGUUCAUCAUUGAGGAGUGGGACUUCAGAGACCUGACGCUGAAGAUGAGGCCUCCUGUUUUCAUACCCAGGCCUGAAACCGAGGAGUUGGUUGAAUUGGUGCUCACGGAUCUGCAGAAGCGUCCUGGAUCUGCAGAGGCGCCGCCAACGUGUUUGGAAGUGGGUUGCGGUUCUGGUGCCAUUUCUCUCAGCCUGCUGAAGAGCCUCCCUCAGCUCGAAGCCUUUGCCUUGGAGCGAAGCCAGGAUGCGGUUGACUUAAGCCGGGAGAAUGCGUCGAGGUUGGGGCUUCAGGACAGGCUGAAGGUUUAUCAUAUGGACGUUAUAAAAGAUGCAGAAAAGAUGCCAGGUCUGUUUAGCUCCAUUUCAGUGCUGGUCAGUAACCCUCCUUACCUGUUUUCAGAGGACAUGGCAACCCUGGAGCCGGAAAUUUCUAGGUUUGAGGAUUGCGCCGCCUUAGAUGGAGGUGAAGAUGGACUAAAUGUGAUCAGACAGAUUUUAACUCUGGCUCCAGACUUUCUGUCAAACAGAGGCCGGGUUUACUUGGAAGUGGACCCCAGACACCCUGCGCUCAUUCGCCGCUGGGUGGAGGACAACGUGGAGGAGCUGCGGUUCGUGGAAACACGGCAAGACGUCAGUGGCAAGCCUCGUUUCUGCAUCCUCCAGAAAGAGGAGUCACAUAAGGCCCCCGAGGUGGAUCAGGAUUGAGAAACCCAGAUCCUAUUACGCUGGCUUUAGCUCAGGUCGUCGCCGCCUCGGCUCGCCCCCCCCUGGCCCCCUCCCCCUCCCACACCUGACCCCAUCUCCUCAAAAUUAACAACUUCACACAAAUAGUUUCCAUAUCGAGGCUGCACUUUUAACCCGUCGACAGACAGCGAACACGCCCCAUCUCGCAAUAAAAAAAAAAGAGAAAUGUGUGUGUGCGACGGCACAAAGCAGGCUCAGAGCUGAAGGUAAUUACCAAAGCUUUUCUUAGAACGCUCCCUCUCAGAAUCCGCCUCUCUCCUCCCAGGAAGCAUUCAGUAGUUCUGUGAAUCCGCUGAUGAGCGGUCCUCCCCCUUCGCUCAUCCACCCCGCUGACUCAGAUGCUGACCAGAUUGCAUCGUUGAGCAAAAAAAAAAAAAACACGCUCAAAACGCGGUCCGUAUUCAAGCUCAGAGGCUGCACAAAGCCUUUGUGUCACAAAGGUUUUAUGUGGUGAAAACAUUUCA